AUGAAGGUCUCAGAAAUUCUCGCUCAAUUUCAAGCCUGGCUGAAGAAGUGGGGGUUAGGCUUUCUACUUGCCAGCCUUGGGCUUGGUUCGAAGUCGGCACAAGAAGCGAACGUUAAAACAAUACGUGACAGGAAUGCGAAGAAUGAUCUGCUCGACCUCACUGAGAAAAUCAGCAAGGAAUCAUCCCGAUACCCUGUCGCGCAAGGCAGCUUUGGGGAUGUCUGGAAGUGCAUAUACAAGCACCCUCCAAUCACGGUUGAGGCGAGUGGAUCUUUCAAGUUUGCGCCUGUUGCAGUGAAGUCUUUGCGACUUGAAAUUCCGAACGAUAGUUGUAAGAAAAAAAUUACCGAGAGGCUGGAACGCGACUUGCAGCGGAACGCUCAGCUGAAACACGCCAAUCUAUUACCUUUGCUGGGAAUAACUCAAGGGUUCGGUCCGCUGCCUGCAAUUGUCUCCCCAUGGAUGAACAAAGGCUCACUUACCAUGCUUCUGGAACGUGAUUUCCAGCAACUCACUCUCACUCGAAUGCUCCAAAUUCUCAAAGAUGUAGCUUCGGCUCUUCAGUACUGUAUGCGACAAACGGCACUACACGGUGAUCUCACCGGCAACAACAUUCUCAUCGAUGAGAACGACAACACCUUCAUGGCUGACCAUGGAAUUCUCACUUUAUGUGCCGAGCUCCAUGGCACGUCAUAUAUCAGAAGCAAUGUGCGAUGGGCCGCACCUGAAAACUUUCAAGUCCCGGAAGAUGACGAGUCAAUAAGCUCGCCCCAAUUGGCAUCAGACAUCUAUUCUUUCGGGUGCAUCAUGUUGCAGGUCUUCACAGGAAAAGUUCCAUAUUCCGAAUUUCGAAGUGAUCAUCAAGUUACCGUGCAGAUACUCAGAGGCCGGAAGCCUGCUCGACCAGUGACUCCGCCCAUUGCGGAUGCUUUAUGGGAUUUCAUGCAGAAGUGCUGGCUUGAUGAACCGGAACACAGACCUUCAGCCAAGGAAGUCCUGAUAUUUAUACAGGCACAGCUGAAACUGCCAUAG